UUUCACCGAAUCAGUGAGGAUUCAGUAAUACACCUGUCGUUAAGACUAAUUAAUGAAUUAAUACGUUUUUGACGAAUGGCUAUGGAAGCGCCUGCAUAAUAUCACGUGUUAAAGAUUCAUCUGUACAAUAGGUCUACCAAUAGGACAAAAAAAAUGAAAAAGGGACCGUUGCAUUUUUUAGGUCGAAAGAACCAGUCUCUCUUCGACACCAAUAUUAAAAUCAAGGAGACGGACAAUGUUGAGCUCGUGUUGGAUUCAUCAGCCAUUCCUGAAUUAGGCACUGCCAAAGUGAGGUCCAGACCCACAGUCAAGCACUACAUGUCCUCCUCUGAUGUUGUGCAAGGGUUUGCUGUCCCAACACCCAAAGUUCCUGUCCUCCCCCCUUUCAACAGUCCAAAGAUCAACAGGGCAGUAAAUGGCGAUCGGUUUUCCAAUGGAUCAGCUAUAUCUGUACCUGAUUUGGUGGAUGGGGGGAUAUUUAUUCCACCUCCCCCUACAAUGGCACCCCCACCCCCUCCACCUAUGUUCAUCCCUCCCCCACCAGAUUUCUUGGGUGACUUGGACUCCAUUCAGCCUCCCUCCAUGCCCCCUCCAAAACCACAAUCAGUGGUUCUGUCUAAAGAGUACGAGGAUUUCUCCUCCCUGAAACCUCCACUAAUGGCCCCCCCGAAGCCCCCGUCAACUUCCUCCAGUGCUUCUAGUUCAUCUUUUUCCAUAUCUACACCAACACCAGUCCCUGAUUUUACUGAGCCCCCAAAGUUUGCCCCUCCACAGCCCCCUAUAGACAUGAGGCAAGCUGCUCUGAAAGCCCUGAAGACCCCGCCUCCAAAGCCAACAAGGCUGUCCUCCAUCCACAGCAUGGACGAAUCCUCCCAGGUUCCAGCCCAAGCUUCCCCAGUACAGACCCCGACACCCUCCAGCUUCAACCCCCAGAACACAGCUAAGCUCUACAGUGUUACUAAGACUGGCAUUCUAGGUAGGCAGUUGGACCGUGACAAUAGGCCCAAGCAGAUCCUACUCCUCCAUGUCAAUGGGAAAGACCCCUCUGUGGCACCACCAGGUAAGCCAGCCCAGAGAAAUAGCUUGGGUUUGCAGCUGGAGCAAGCCCAGCAGGACUUAAAGGAAAACUUGCAAGCCACCCUUCCAGGCCAACCCACCCCACCCGAGACUUGGGAGGAAGUGGAGCCUUUGUCUUUAUCAGCACAACAGGGUAUCAACAAACUUGCUGCAGCGCCCCCUAAAAUGUCCCCUAAGCUUCAGAAGGUGGUCACUGCCCCUGUAAACACAGAGGCUAGCCAGGUCAAGCAGGAAGCGUCUCCAGGCCGGAAUAACAAGUUCCGUCCUAUGCUGGACAGUAAACUACGCAACCUGAAGGCCAGUGAUGUCACUGGGAUGAGGGACGGUCCUGCCUCUUCCCCCCUAGCUCUUCUCAUGGCAGCUAAAGAGCGAGAGAAGCACAGGUCCAGUCUUUCCCUUGAAAACAGCACGAAGAGUAAUGAGCCAUUAGCCAGCAUCCAACACAGUGAAUUCAAUCCCAAUUCUUUCACCGUCAUCCCUAGGGCCACCUCAUUCACUUCUGUAACCUCACAACAUAAACCACAGUCUGUGGUCCCACUGGAGGCCACAGUGGUAAUCCAGACUCCAGCAAAACCCCAGAUUGAGUCAGUGGUGAAGGGGCCAAUUGCAAAUCCAGUAGUUAAGAGGAUUCUGCCCACCCCUAGAUCCUCAUCCUCCAGCAGUCUAGCCGUGGAGAAGCAAAGUGGAGAGCAGAGGAUUGAGUCACCCUCUAGCCUUGUCAGGGAUGAAGAGAACCUAUGCAUGCUAUUACUCCCUCCCCCUCCCGAAUUCGAUGACCAUGAUGUCGUGGACUCUCCUCCCAGCUUACCUCCACCUGACCCUCCGCUGAAGGUCCUGCCUCCCACUCCCAGCCCUGUCCUUCCAGUCCUGUCCUCUACUGCCAUCCCUGUCCUUCCUGUCAAAACUCCCUCGCCUCCCCCUCCAAAACCUAAAUCUCCAAGCCCUCCCAAAUUCCCACCUCCUGUUAUGGAGAUCAAACCCAAACUGCCUGUUCAGACCAAACCCAAGCCGCCUCCCACCCAGACCCUCUCCUCCCUCUCAGCCAGCCAGGCCACGCUCCAGAGCAUCCUGCAGAAGAAGAUGCUAGAGAUGGACUGCAAAAUGGACAUCAAAAUGCUGGCCAUGAAGGAAACAGACUCUGAUGACUGGGGAUCUCCCUUAUCUGAUGAGACCAAGUUCCCGGUUGUCCCCAGAGUCACCCCGAAAAACCCUGUUAUCACUGCAAAGAGCAAGACUGCCACUGUGCCAGCAAAAACACAAGGACUGGACAUGAAGGAGAUGGAGACAAAAAUGGCCAUGAAAGGUCAGGGUCUGUCAGAGCCAUCAAAAGUUCCCACAAGCAAUGGGCCACGGUCAAAGCAGGCGUAUGGCAUGACUUUCAUGGUACAACCCGGAACCAAACAACCAAUCACUGUUGUCAGCAAAUGAGGAUCCAACUCAAUUAUACCACACACUGUACCAUACAGCCCCUGUCAAGAGCAAGGACAAUGGAAAUAGCACCUUAAAUACAGCUAAAAAUGGAUAUAUCCAAUAAACACUAAGUAUGUAUGCCAAGGAUGUUUUCACCAAGCCUCUGGAGAGAGUACAAGAAUGUGCUAAGCAUUUGUUUCGAAAAGGUUUUGCUGUACCACAGCACAUAAACCUGCCCUCCAGAGGUGCUGUGUCAACGAGCUUCUUGUCUAGGUACCAAAGUCUAAAGAGUGGGUGGACUGUUGGAACAGCUUUCAACAGUAUCUUUGACUGCUACGGUUUAAUCAGUGCUAGUACACAUUGCCUUAUUUUUACCUCGGGUAUCGGUCUGACCUAAUAGAUUCAAAGCAGAUUGUGAGGCUGUUUUUAAAAAUAGGAGCUGUAAUUUGCCAGCCUUAAUAUACACUGAAUAAUACCAUGCAUCAUAAGGAUAUUUAUAUAAAUGUCUUGAAGAAUUACUAUAAGGAUGUGUACAGAUUGUUUUUGCUUAUGCUUCCAUUGUCACAGUACAUACUGUAUAUUUUUAGAGCAUAAAAGGUAAUUUAACUAGUCUACUACAAUACAUUAAGAACAAAUGUUGUAUAUUGUUCACUAUAUUAUACUUAAGGGUGCAACAACUAUGUAAACUGUUUAUCUUUUGAUCUUCUACUUCAGUCAGGUGAGCAAGAUAUGUUCCAUACAAUGGAGGACUAAAUAGAAGCAAAACAGAUGUCAGCCAUUUACCAUAAGGACAGGAGAAGUAAUAUGGUCUCCAUGGUCUGUAGAACCUACAGUGGUCCGUUUAUUAGGUACACUUCCCCCAUUCACAAAAAUAGUUCGCUCCUACACAGUCAAGCAGCUGUGGUUUGUUAUAUAACUGAACAUUAGAAUGAGUGACCUAAGCAACUAUGAGCGAGGUAUGAUUGUCGGUGCCAGACGCGCCGGUUCCACUAUAUCAGAAACAGCCAGCCUCCUGGGCUUUUCAUGCACGACAGUGUCUAUGGUUUACUGAGAAUAGUAUGAUAAACAGAUCCAGUCAGCGGCAGUCCUGUGGGUGAAAACAUGUUGUUGAUGAGAGGUCGGAGGAGAGUGGCAAGAAUCGUGCAAGCUAACAGGCAAAUAACAGUAGUGUGCAAAACAGCAUCUCAGAACGCACAACUAGUCUGUCCUUAUAGUAGCAGACAACCACACCGGGUUCCACUCGUAUCAGCUAAAAACAAGAAGCAGAUCCAGUGGGCACGUGAUCACAAACACUGGACUAGAGGUCGACCGAUUAAUCAGAAUGGCCGAUUAAUUAGGGCAGAUUUCAAGUUUUCAUAACAAUCGGAAAUCAGUAUAUAUAUAUUUUUUACACCUUUAUUUAACUAGGCAAGUCAGUUAAGAACACGUUCUUAUUUUCAAUGACAGCCUAGGAACGGUGGGUUAACUGCCUUGUUCAUGGGCAGAACUACAGUUUACCUUGUCAGCUCAGGGAUUCAAUCUUGCAACCUUACGGUUAACAAGUCCAAUGCUCUAACCACCUACCUUACAUUGCACUCCACGAGGAGCCUGCCUGUUACGCGAAUGCAGUAAGAAGCCAAGGUAAGUUGCUAGCUAGCAUUAAACUUAUCUUAUAAAAAAAACAAAUCAAUCAUAAUCACUAGUUAACUACACAUGGUUGAUGAUAUUACUAGUUUAUCUAGCGUGUCCUGCGUUGCAUAUAAUCGAUGUAGUGCGCAUUCGCAAAAAAGGACUGUCGUUGCUCCAACGUGUACCUAACCAUAAACAUCAAUGCCUUAAAAUCAAUACACAAGUACAUAUUUUUAAACCUGCAUAUUUAGUUAAAAUUGCCUGCUAACAUGAAUUUAUUUUUAACUAGGAAAAAUGGUGUCACUUCUCUUGCAACAGAGUCAGGGUAUAUGCAGCAGUUUGGGCCGCCUAGCUCAUUGCAAACUGUGGUUAGACUAUUUCUUCCUAACAAAGACAGCCAACUUUGCCAAACGGGGGAUGAUUUAACAAAAGCGCAUUUGCGAAAAAAGCACAAUCGUUGCACAACUGUACCCAACCACAAAUGCCUUUCUUAAAAUCAAUACACAGAAGUAUAUAUUUUUAAACCUGCAUAUUUAGCUAAAAGAAAUCCAGGUUAGCAGGCAAUAUUAACCAGGUGAAAUUGAGUUCAUUGCACGCAGAGUCAGGGUAUAUGCAACAGUUUGGGCCGCCUGGCUCAUUGCGAACUAAUUUGCCAGAAUAUUACGUAAUUAUGACAUAACAUUGAAGGUUGUGCAAUGUAACAGGAAUAUUUAGACUUAGGGAUGCCACUCGUUCGAUAAAAUACGGAACGGUUCCGUAUUUCACUGAAAGAAUAAACAUUUUGUUUGAGAUGAUAGAUUCGACCAUAUUAAUCACCUAAGGCUCGUAUUUCUGUGUUAUGUUAUAAUUAAGUCUAUGAUUUGAUAGAGCAGUCUGACUGAGCGAUGGUAUGCACCAGCAGGCUCGUAAGCGUUCAUUCAAACAGCACUUUCGUGCGUUUUGCCAGCAGCUCUUCGCAAUGCUUCAAGCAUUGCACUGUUAAUGACUUCAAGCCUGUCAACUCCCGAGAUUAGGCUGGUGUAACCGAUAUGAAAUGGCUAGCUAGUUGGCAGGGUGCGCACUAAUAGCGUUUCAAACGUCACUCGCUCUGAGACUUGGAGUAGUUGUUCCCGUUGCUCUGCAUGGGUAAUGCUGCUUCGAGGGUGGCUGUUGUCAAAUUGUUCCUGGUUCGAGCCCAGGUAGGAGCGAGGGACAGAAGCUAUACUGUUACACUGGCAAUACUAAAUUGCCUAUAAGAAAUCCAAUAGUCAAAGGUAUAUGAAAUACAAAUCGUAUAAAGAGAGUCCUAUAAUAACUACAACCUAAAACUUCUUACCUGGAAAUAUUAAAGACUCAUGUUAGAAGGAACCACCAGCUUUCAUAUGUUCUCAUAUCCUGAGCAAGGAACUUAAACGUUAGCAUUCUUACAUGGCACAUAUUGCACUUUUACUUUCUUCUCCAACACUUUGUUUUUGCAUUAUUUAAACGAAAUUGAACAUGUUCCAUUAUUUAUUUGAGGCUAAAUUGAUUUUAUUGAUGUAUUAUAUAAAGUUAAGCGUUGAUUCAGUAUUGUUGUAAUUGUGAAUGGCUUUUUUUGGUCGUCCAAUAAUCGGUAUCGGUGUUGAAAAAUCAUAAUCUGUCGAACUCUACACUGGACAAUUGAGUGGACAAACAUUGCCUGAAUUAUAUUUCAGAUGGUGUCAAUUUAAUUUAUUAAUUUGAGUAGAACGUUCUUAAAACCUAAGCAGUUCAAAUAAAUGCAGAGGCAUGCCCCUGCACGCUACUUUU